AUGUCCUUGAGUUGUGAUUUUUCUAGUAUAGUUAAUUUAAAAGUGAAAUUCAUACUUUGAUUUUCAAAACAUAGAUAAAAAGUGAUAUUUGCUAAUUGUUAUACCCUAACCAUAUAUCCUAUACUUUACACCACAUACCUUGUACUCUAACCACGUACCAUAAAAAUAAAUUAAAAAGGGACCUCCUGCCGUUAAAGACUUCAAAUGACUUCAAGUGAACAUAUGUUAAUAAAAAACUUAGAACCGUCAAAACCAUCAAUAUCUUAUACCCUAACCAUAUACACCCUAAAAAGUGCUCGUUUUGUACUUCAAAUGUGGUAUUUCUGGGGUUCGUAGUAAGUAUGAAUGGUGUUGAGGUCGAUAAAGAGAAGGUGAAGGCGAUUCAAGCAUGGCCAACCCCUACCAACGUGAAUGAAGUAAGGAGUUUUCAUGGGCUGGCUGGGUUUUAUGGUCGAUUCGUCCCAAAUUUCGGCCCUAUUGCCGCCCCAUUGACAUCAAUUAUCAAGAAGAAUGUGACUUCUUAUUGGGGAGAGGAACAAGAGAAGGCAUUCGAAAAACUCAAGUAAAAGCUCACUCAUGCUCCUAUGUUAAUGUUACCCGAUUUCACCAAGACUUUUGGAGUGGAGUGUGACGCAUCUGGAUUGGGAAUCGGAGCUGUAUUGAUGCAACAGAAGAAGCCCAUCGCUUACUUUAGCAAGAAAUUGAGUGCAGCUACGCUUAACUAUCCUACCUAUGAUAAGGAGCUCUAUGCUUUGGUUCGAGCCCUAGAGACAUGGCAGCACUAUUUGUGGCCCAAAGAGUUCGUGAUCCAUACUGACCAUGAGUCUCUCCAGUAUUUGAAGUCCCAACACAAGUUAAACAAGAGGCAUGCUCGUUGGGUGGAGUUUAUUGAGUCAUUCCCCUACGUGAUCAAGUAUAAACAAGGCAAGGAGAACGUGGUUGUUGAUGCUUUAUCAAGGAGAUACACGUUGAUCACUACUAUGGAUGCUAAGUACCUUGGAUUCUAGCAAAUCAAGGCUGCUUAUGAAGGGGAUUUCGACUUUGGAAAAAUUUAAAAGGCUUUUGAGAAGCAUGGAGAAGGGAAGUUCUAUAGAACUGAUGGUUAUUUCUUUCGUGGUAAUCAAUUGUGCAUACCUAGAACAUCACUUCGAGAGCUAUUGUUGAGGGAAGAGCAUGGAGGAGGAUUAAUGGCUCACUUUGGUGUAGCCAAGACACUAAGCUGUUUGCAAGAGCACUUCUAUUGGCCUCACAUGAAAGGAGAUGUGGAGAAAUUAUGUGCACGAUGUGUGGAGUGCCUACAUGCUAAGUCAAAAGUACAACAAUCUGGGUUGUACACGCCACUACCUAUUCCUUAUGCAACAUGGGUCGACAUUUCAAUGGAUUUUGUGCUAGGGUUGCCGAGGACAAGAAGAGGCAGAGAUUCAAUUUUUGUGGUGGUGGAUCAUUUCUCGAAGAUGGCGCACUUCAUUCCAUGCCAUAAAACUGAUGAUGCAAACAACGUGGCAGAUUUGUUCUUUAAGGAGAUCGUGAGACUACAUGGAAUGCCACGUACAAUUGUGUCUGAUCGAGAUGCCAAGUUUCUGAGCUAUUUCUGGAAAACGCUGUGGAGUAAACUCGGCACAAAGCUCCUGUUUUUAACAACUUUUCAUCCUCAAACGGAUGGACAAACUGAAGUGGUCAAUCAUACUCUAUCCCAAAUGCUACGAGUUGUGAUCAAGAGCAACAUCAAAACUUGGUAAGAUUGUCUACCACAUGUCGAAUUUGCCUACAAUCGAGCUGUGAAUUCAACAACAAAGCAUUCGCCUUUCAAGCUCGUGUAUGGGUUCAAUCAACUUACACCAUUGGAUUUGACACCUCUGCCAUUAAAGGAACAAGUCAACAUGGAUGGAGUAAAGAAGGCUGAAUUUGUGAAAAAUCUCCACGAGAAGACAAAGAUUGAACAUCGAGAGAAGGACGAAGCAAAUCACGAAGAACGUCAAUCGCAAUAGGAAGCCUCGAUCGUUUGAAGCUGGAGAUUGAGUAUGGGUGCACAUGAGAAAGGAAAGGUUUCCCUAUCAAAGGAGAUCCAAGCUGUUACCUCGAAGUGAAGGUCCCUUCCAAGUGAUUUCGAAGGUUGGAAACAAUGCUUACAAUAUUGAUUUGCCGGGAGAGUAUGGGAUAAAUGCAACCUUCAACGUUUCUGACCUUGCGCCAUAUUUGGAGGACAAUUCGGAUUUGAGGUCAAAUCCUUUUCAAGAGACAGGGACAGAUGAGGUCAUCAAAUCCAAGUCCAUUUCAUCACAUGAAGGUCCAAUUACUCGUUUACAAGCCAAGAGGUUAAGAGAGUUGUUUGCUGCUUAUUUGGAUUGUCAUUAUUCUCACAUGGACGUGGAUCUACAUCAAAGUUGCAAUUACCUUUGGUUGAUCUACUGUUGAUUAAACUGCGGAAGAUCCUAAAUUAGCUUGGAAUCUCUUAAGCUGACCAAGCCUUCUUAGACAGAAUACCCGGCAGGCGACUAGCCUUCACCGGGAUAGACUUCUAAGGCGAUUCACACAGAUCACCACUACUGGAAUGAAUUCCAGUACAAAGU